AAUGCCGACAUGAGCUGCAGCUGUCACUCCGACACCAUGACGCUACCUAUCGUGACAUUUGUUGUACUCGUGUCCUCCAAUUCGUUUCGGCCGCUCUUCGACCGUUGAGCGCGUACCCGCCUAUAUAGCCUGGUUCUUGGCCCAUUCUAUGGCCUGACUACGGCCUCGGGUUGCAAUGGGGAUCGAAUAUGCCAUGGUACACGUGUUGUACACCAUACCACCGGCAGUACUCCUCACGGUAUUCUACCAACCACUGCUCUCCAAGCUCGACCUCUACAAGGUUGGAUUCCUAGUUACAAUCGCUGUCCUUGCUACCAUUCCGUGGGACUCGUACCUGAUCCGCAAUCGAAUAUGGACAUAUCCGUCGAACGUGAUAAUUGGGCCUACGCUAUUUGACAUUCCCGCAGAAGAGCUCUUCUUCUUCGUCAUCCAAACCUACACAACCUCGAUUCUCUACCUCCUACUCAGCAAGGCUACAUUCCAACCUGCAUAUUUGCGAGCAGAGCGGAAACAAAAGCAUCGACAGGACUUCAAUAAUACGUCAUGGCGGCUAUAUAGGAUCGCGGGACAGUUGUUUUUUGUGGGCGCGAUCAUUGCGGGCAUUGGCAUGAUCAGAGACAAUGGAAGAGCAUCGUACAUGGGAUUGAUAGUGCUCUGGGCAGCGCCGUUCUUGCUGCUUCUCUGGAGUCUAGCAUACCAAUUCAUCCUUGGCCUGCCAACGAUUAAUACCGCCCUCCCGAUCCUGAUACCAACGUUGUAUCUCUGGCACGUGGAUACUCUAGCCUUACAACGUGGCACGUGGGUUAUUGAAUCUGGCACAAAAUUAGGAAUUCACUUGUGGGACGGCCUUGAAAUUGAAGAAGCCGUCUUCUUCCUGACCACCAACACUUUGGUCGUAUUUGGUCUUCUAGCCUUUGAUAAUGCGGUCGCUAUUCUGGAAAGCUUCCCAAAUCUAUUUGGGAACACACCACCCCUACCGUCUCCAAUACUCCUAGUCGAAGCACUGCUCCUCCCAGCAUCUAAUUAUGACGAGAAGCGAAUAUUUUGUUUACAAGACGCGGCGAAUAGGCUGAAGCAGAAGAGCCGGAGCUUCUAUUUGGCUAGCUCUACGUUCAGCGGUAAGUUGCGCGUAGAUCUGCUGUUCCUAUACUCCUGGUGCCGAGUUGCUGAUGACAUGGUCGACAAUGCGACAACACUAGAGCAAGCACAAACUUCCAUUCGCGACCUCGACCGCCUCCUCAAGGAAGAAUACCGUCAUCGUGACCCAACGGCUGUAAUCGGCUCCCUCCAUAAACACUUUUGCGAGCUAAUGGCCAAUGCGCCUGACGGUCAUCAAGCGCUUUCACAAUUACCACUUCAUCGCUUAUCCCAGGAACAUUUCGCGCAUAUGCUCCUUGGCUUUCAGAAAGAUUUGGAAUUUGCAGAUCCCCCCUCGUCUGAACGGGAUAUCCGUUGGCCAAUCAUGACAGAACAGGACCUUGAGACGUACGCCCAACGCGUUGCUGGAACGGUCGCAAUGUUGUGUUUGCAGUUGGUCUUCUAUCAUUUCCAAACCGAAUUUAGCGAAGUUGAGCGAGGCCAUGUUCUCAGCGCGGGAGCUCGUAUGGGUGUUGCUUUGCAAUACGUAAAUAUUGCGCGAGACAUUGCCGUUGACGCCAAAAUGAAUCGGGUCUACCUCCCCCAAGCUUGGCUUAAGGAGGAAGGCUUAACCGCUUGGAACAUUCUUCUGGACCCCGACGGUCCUCGGGUUAAGUGCCUUCGUUCUCGGCUAUUGGAUAAAGCGUUUAGCAUCUAUGAGGAAGCCCGAGGAGCUAUCGAGGAGUUGCCCCAAGAAGCACAGGGGCCAAUGAGAGUGGCCGUGGAGAGCUAUAUGGAGAUUGGCCGCGUUCUAAGAGAGGAGCACUACACAGUCAAGGCUGGGAAAGCUACUGUGCCGAAGCUGAGGAGGAUGAAAGUUGCAUGGCGGGCGUUGAGGGGUUGA